GUAAUCUAUGGCAUAUAUAACCUAAAAAGUAUAAAUGUAUUUGAAGAUAAAAAUUUUAUUUAUUUAUUAAUUAUAACAUAAAACAAGUAAUUAUGAAGAUUAGAUAAAACAUUUACUAACAUAGAUAAAAAUGUACUAGUAAUAUCAAAUAAAUUUCGUAAUAAAUAUGUCUUCAAACGAUAUAGUAGUAGUUGGAUCAUGCAUGAUAGAUUUUGUUAGCUAUGCGCCAAGAUUACCUAAAUCAGGCGAAACCAUCCACGGAAAAGAAUUCGCUACUAAUUUUGGUGGUAAGGGGGCUAACCAAUGUGUAGCAGCUGCGAAAUUAGGAGGUGACGUAGCUCUCGUAGCACGGGUCGGUGAUGACAUCUGGGGCCCAAAAUAUAUCGAUAAUUUAAAUAAGCUUGGAGUAAAUACUGAUUAUGUUCGAAUAACGGAAGGCGUAUCAAUAGGAGUAGCACAAAUUACAGUUUCUGAUUUGGGAGAAAAUCAAAUUAUUAUCGUAGCGGGUGCAAAUCAUUGUUUAACCGCAGCCGAUGUAGAGUUAGCUCAAGAUAUCAUUACAAAAGCUGCAGUUUUGGUACUGCAGCUAGAAACAUCGCAAGACGUAGCUAUUAGAGCUAUUCAAUUAUGUAGGGGGAUAUCUAUUUUAAAUGGUGCACCAGCACUUACAGACUUCAAUCCACAACUUUUAAAACUACCAACAAUUUUUUGUGUUAACGAAACUGAAGCUUCGGUUUUUACUGGGGGUUUACCAGUAAAUAAUAUUUGUGAAGCUCAAAAUGCUGCGUCUGCUCUCAUCGAAAAGGGAUGUAAUAGCGUUAUCAUAACAUUGGGAUCUCGAGGAGCUAUUUACGUAGAUAACAAAGAAAAAUUUCACGUUUGCAGUCCUACUGUGAAAAGUGUGGAUACUACCGGAGCAGGAGACGCUUUUAUCGGAGCUCUAGCUUUUCUUUUAGCUACCGAAACGAAUAUAUCUAUGAGACGAGCCGUAGAAAAAGCUUGUUUAGCCGCUAGCGAUAGCGUAACGAGACCUGGUACUCAAAUAAGUUUCCCGGGGCCGAGUAUAUUACAAUAAUUUUAUCGUACUUAAUAAAAAUAUUGAGAUUGUAAG